UUCGUGUAUAUUUGAUUCCAAAACAAUUUUUUACUCAUUGAAAAUAGAAAUAAAUAUGUGAUAUUAUAAAUAUGUAAAUAAGUGAGUUAAUUUAACGAAAGGCAUCAAUUAAUAUCCUUAUUUUCUAGUAGUAUUUAAAACAAAAUUGUAAAAUACUUAAUGUUAAACGUGUCAAAUAACAAAGUGACCAAAGUUAAUUUUUUGAGGUUAGGUUUCAAUGUUUUCCAAAAAAGCACGUGUUUGAUUAGGACAUUAAAAAUAAAAAAAUAAGGGAUUUUAUUGAAAUAGAAUUUAAUUCUGAAAAUAAUUGGUUCACUAAAAAAAAUGGCAAAAUCAAAGAAAAAGAUAACUUCAACAGAGGAUCAGGGAGAAAUCGAAGUACCUUUGAAAAGGCAAAAAGUUCCUGAAAAUAGCACCGAAGAAUUUGUCGCUCAGGAAAAAAAGAAGAAACGAAAGAAGAGUGAAACAAAAGCACUUGACGAAUUUUCAGUAGAGGCAGAACAAGAGGAAGAAGAAGAAGAUAACAAUAAGAAAAAGGCAAAAAAAUCUGUUGAUGUCACAGCAGAAGGAGAAAAUGAUGAUUCUAACGAUAGUGACGAGAAUGAAACGACGAAAAACGAGGAAAAAAUAAAUAAACAAAAAUCAAAAAAAUUCGAAAUAACUGGAAAAUCUCUGAGAAAUAGUUUUCAAAAGGAAUACGCUUUUGACGAAGUUCGAACAUUCGUAACAGUUUGCAAUGAAAAUAAAAAUUACGAUUUAGCCGCCGAUUAUCUUGAGGAAGGUGGCAGUGUUCUUGAAAUUCUCAAAGUUUUCGACACAACUGACAAAAAAAAUAUCAAUAACAUUGCCACUUUAUUUUCCGCUGUUCAUUUGCUCGUCAUUAGAGUCUUGGGACUGUAUCCAGAGGGAUCGGAGCAAUACACAAAGACAGAAGAAACCUGCAGACGAUUAAUAAACACUCACACAUCGUCAAUGCAAUCAAUGCUCUCGAAUCAAAGUAAUGCAAAGCAGAGGAAGACAAUUUUAAAAAUGCUCACAACAAUGAUAACACUCGGUGGCACAAUUCCUCGUGAUAUUUUAACGAAUCUCUCAUUAAAUUCACAAAUUUUAGAAACAGUCACACGUCUCACAAAACCAACUGAUCGAAAUAAUGUGAGAACAUCAUUUAUACACUUUAUCCUCGCAUUCCUCAUUGACGGACGAAAUAAUACAAUCAGAUCACUUUUGGAAAAACGUGAUAUACUUCCAAGUAUUUUUCCCGAUUUAAUAUACGAUUCACAUGACACAGUCAAUUUGGCAUUGACAACAGUGAAAAAAUACGUUCUCGAAAAUCUCACCAUCACUAAAACAAUGAAACUUCAUAUUUUCACGACUCAAGUUGUGCAGAGUCUUGUGAAUUUGUACAAUUGGAAGGGCCCGAAAAAUUGGCCUGGUUUAAAGAAGGAGAAGGAGAAAACGAAACAGGAGAAAAUCGAUCCCGAGGAAAAAGAGAUUGCAGUUGAAGCUGUACACGAAUUUCUUUUAAUACUGAUGACUUCGAAAAAGUACGGAAUUAUAUUUCAAGAUAAAAGUCUAGGCACUGGUCAGGGUAGAAAAAAUAAUCAAUUAGUGAGCACGGUGCUGAAAAGUCUCGAUCGUCCUUGGGAGCACGAUAAACCUGGCGAUUUAGUUGUUCAAAUUCUAAGAGCUUGUCCUGAUUUGAUGAAAGCACAAAUUACUCAAACAGAACCUUUUCUAUCGCCGAAAGCCACAACCAAGUGGAUUAAAUUAAUCCAAUUUUUAAAUCAGGUAAUAAAUUCUUUGGACAUUGAAAAAUGCUUCCAAGAUGCCAAAGAAUUGUCGGAAUUAAAAAUCGAGCAUUUUGCAAAUACUGUGAUAAAUUUAACUCUUCCAAUGAUAGUUUUAAGAAAGGCAGUCGCACCCGCUCUACUUCAUAGUAAUAGACGAGUUCGCCACGAAAGUGUUUUACUAUUCACCACAAUGUUGAAUCAAACGAAAAAAUUAUUAUCACUAGCCGAAGAUUAUUUCGAAUGCACAAAAUUUCAGAUCUUCAAUAAUCAUUUAAUUGAAUACAUGACGGAAAAUGCGCCAAUUUUCGAAAGAUGUCUAAGAGUUUGGAAGAAAGCUCUCGAACCGAGUGUGGAGGAAAUAACCGAAGAACAAAUCGACACUCCAUCGAUAGAUGAAACAUUAGUUUCGAUUUUAAAUUUAUUGAAAGCUUAUCAAGAAGCUUUUCCUGCAUUAGUUUAUUUAAACGUAAAAACCGACGUCAAUUUCACAAUGCUAUUAACUGGACUCACAAAUCCGUUGGAAAUUCCAGAAAAUUUACAAAGCGACUUAAAUAUACUCGCCAUCGAUUUUCUUCUUUCUACCAACGCUUUUAUGUUUACUCCAGCUCAGGAACUUUAUGGCGAGUCUCUUUUAUUUUUACUAAUGGCGCUUGACGAGGAUUCGCCAUUAUUCGAUAAAGUAAAGAGUUCUAUUGUCAAAUUAUUGGAAGUGCCUCGAGCAUUUUAUGAAUGUGAGGAUCAAAUAGAAAUUUGGCUAAACACUUUUCUUGGACUAAAGGAAUUUAACGAACGACUCGAGGUCUCCUCUUGGUUCGUGAAGAUUGUUAAUAGAAUUUUCAAAAAUGUGGAAAAAUAUCAUUUGGCUAUUAAAACAGCGGAAGAAAGCUGCGGUAUUGAAAUUGAAAAGUACAUGAGCUUCUUUCAAGAAUUAAAGGCUAAAGGAGCUUAUUGCAAGAAGAACAACGAUAGAUUACAAUAUGUAACCUCACUGCCACUUGUUCUAUGCUCAGCGCUCGAUUCUUUAAAGAAAAAAUCAACCGAAAUUAUAAUUCGCUUUAUGAACGAAAUUUUAAUUCACACAAUAUAUUAUCAAGUGAAACCGGAUCCGUUAAUUUAUUUAACAAAGGACAUAAAGGAAUUGAAAUUGGAGCAGUAUCUUUGAAUUUAAACUCUGAUAAAUAAUAAACAAUUUUUUUUUCACAUUAUUCAUAUUUUUAUAAAGAGAUAUAAAUUUAUCGGAUUUUUUUAUAGAUAAAUUUUAUCUAUAAUUAUAUCUAAUUACAUCUUUAUUUUUUUUCUUGUCAAA